AUGUCAGAUGCGAAAUGUAGCUGUGGUCAUCAAACGGAUCAAACCGGUAGGCAACCGCAAGCAGCUCGAAGUAUGUACAAUAUGAAGCCUCCGGAUGAGGAUAUGAUUUUUAUAAACCCCAUAACACUCGCUUCUAUAAACACAACGAAUUAUGAGCCAGCAAUGAAAAUAGCUCAAUUUCACUGUAAUUGUAAAUAUCUUUGGCUUCGUGAACUGCAUGGACUUUCGGCAUUUAUGAUGUCCAAUUCACUAAUGGAAAAAAUAUUUUGGGCGAUAGUAAUCAUGGCAUGUGCGGGCUGGUCGAUUGUUAAUACUGCGCAAAUUUUGAAGCAAUAUGAAGAUGAAGCAACUACGACAUUGUUGACAAUACUACCAGCUAAGCAAUUAAAGUUUCCUACUAUGAUUUUCUGUCCUCGGAAUCCUGAUUUCAUCAACUAUUAUAAUGUGUUAGAAGAUAUGUACAAUCACCUAGGUUAUAUGGAGAACAAAACUAACUUCCACGUGCUACAGUAUGCAAUGACUGGAUUUGGAUUCGAUAAUGCGGACGGUGACACGUUCAAUGAGACGUACAGAGAGAAAAUACAUUCGUAUUACAUGAAAUGGCGUGACAAUCGAACACAGUAUGAAAUGUUUGAUUUCAUGUAUAACAAGAAUGGAUAUACUUGUCAAGACAUGUUUCAAACUUGUUAUGGGGGAAGUCUCACUUAUAAUUGUUGUGAUAUAUUUCAACCAACAUAUGCGAUGCUUCGGGGAAGAUGCUUCCGGCUGAUGGAUGACUAUUAUCAAAAUGAUACCGAUGAAGUUUCGAAAGUUUCCAUAUUUUUCAAUAAUAUGACAAGUCCAAUAUUGAACAGUGGUGUUUUGCCACAACUGGUUCUCUACAAUGGUGAUUCAAAUAUCGAGGUUGGGAUAUAUCCGAGGUACUACUUGAACAGUAAUGAUUGGAAUCGUAUUCGUUUCUAUCAAAAGUCCAUGAUUCUUCUUCCAAAAAGUGAUGGAUGUUCUACAGAACCCGUUUAUCAAGGGAAAUUCACUUGCUUCGUUUACAAGUGGCUAAUGCAGUUGAUUGAUCAGUAUAAUUGCACACUACCGUAUUUGAAAGACGUCCCAAUAUGUGAGCCUGAUGUAAUUGUAGACAAUUUUGCCAAUAUAAGCUUAACGCCAUCGACAAUUGGUUACAAAUGUACUCCUGCUUGCUCUCGGAUUGAAAAUACGGUUCAAUUGACAACCAGCAUAGACUAUGAUCCUGAUCCAUCAUAUAUGUUUCGUAUCGAAGCGAGCUUCACUUAUUUGGAAUACGAACAGUAUAAGGAAAUUAGAACUACCAGUACAGCAGGUUUUAUAUCAGAGUUGGGAGGACAAGCCGGUCUUUUUGUUGGAAGUUCUAUUAUGAGCUUCGUGCAACUAUUUAAUUCGAUAUUCAUUCAAAUUUACAAGUUAUUGAGGAAUUACUGUAACAAAAAAGGUAUUCGUGUUAGAAUUGGUCUUUAUGAAACUCAUCCGAGUGUACCAGCUGACAAGCAUUAUGAUAGAGACGCCGCACUAUCGGACGAGCCGCCCUAUCCGCUAGAAACAAUUCUGGAAGUCGAAGGACCUCAAGUUAUGGACGCAGAUGGGAUGCUACUCGAAUCGGGUGAACCUGUAUCCGAGCUAGAAGCAAUCGAAUUAGAAACUUGGAGUUCCAAAACUUCUUCGUUCACCGACGACUCUGCUUACUAUCCAACACCAUCCUUCUCGUCUAGUGAGCCCCACUCUACGAUUUCCGAGUCUCCGGAAGACGUUCGACUAGCACAGUUGGUUUGGAUUCGGCAAAACACAGAGGAAGAAAUUUGA